UACCCAAUAUUCCCAAUACCAAUUAACCUAAAAAUGGGAACCGAGAAUGAUGUAGCUCAAAAACUUCUCCAAAUAUUCCAAAUUCCGUACGAGUCUUGUAUUUUAAGCAAUUGUAACAAAGUUGUAGUAGACACUUUCAAAGAAUGUCUGGAUUCCAUGGUUCGAGAUAUCCAAGAUGAAGCACUGUUGUUGAAAAUAGACAGUGUUUUGGAUUACUUGCACGAUACAUUAAAUACCGGCCACUGGUCUGAAGUUCCUCUAAACACCAGGCAAGGUUUCAGCAAUGCUAGUUUUGUCAAGGCUCUUAUCGUAAUUCGACAUUACAAGAAGUCCUGGAAAGAGGCGUUGAGGGAAGGUUUAAAAUGCUUAGAUUUGGGGCUACUGCUGGGAGCUCCCUCAGAAAACUUAACAAGAUGUGCAGAAUUGUUGAGAUUAGAAAUAAAUAAGGUGGAUGUAGACCAAACUAUUGUGCGUCCUUCAAUAAAGCGAAAGUGUAACGAUGAAGAUUAUAAAUUGACCCUUCUUGAUCUGCCUGGUAGUUCGGUGCCAGAAGUCGAAGUACCGUCAAUAGAGGCGUUUAACAACUACUACUUUUUGCCACAAGUUCCUGGCAUCUUAAAAAAUUGUAUGAGCCACUGGCCUGCUCUCACAAAAUGGCAGGACUUAGGUUACUUGUUGAGGGUCGCAGGUGAAAGAACAGUACCAGUGGAAAUAGGAUCGAAUUAUAUGGAUCAAAAUUGGUCGCAAAAGCUGAUGACUGUGAAUGAGUACAUUAAGAAGUUUUACUUGUCCGAGACUGGUCAAAUUGGCUAUUUAGCACAGCAUAAUUUAUUUGACCAGUUUAAAUUAUGAUGAUGAGUCAGAAGUGGAUAUAAAUGCAUGGUUUGGGCCUAAGGGUACAGUUUCGCCUUUGCAUCAAGAUCCAAAAAAUAACAUUUUGGCGCAGGUCUUCGGCUUUAAAAGGAUAAUUCUAUUUUCCCCAAUGGAUACUAACCAUUUGUAUCCCCAUGAGGAAACUAUGUUAUCCAAUACUUCCCAAGUUGACCCUUUAAACCCUGACCUUACAAAGUUUCCUAAGUUUCGU